AUGUAUCCCCUGGUUACUCGCAAGUGGGGGGGGCUCACCCCGAUCCUGCCGCCGCCCUCACCCGAGCCCGGCUACAGGCUCCUGGCUGCCCUGCAUCCAGACGACGGCUGCACCACCCACUCAAGUGUGGGGGAGCCACCUCUGGCCACGCCUGAUCCUGCUGCCGCCAUCGCCGACUACACGUGUGUGUGCAACAUCGACUGUUCUCAAACCAACUUCAAUCCUCUCUGUGCUUCCGACGGGAAAUCUUACGACAACGCAUGUCAGAUCAAAGAAGCCUCAUGCCAGAAACAGGAGAAGAUUGAAGUCAUGUCUUUGGGGAGAUGCCAAGACAAUGCAACUACGACCACGAAGACAGAAGAUGGACAUUAUGCAAGAACAGAUUAUGCAGAGAACGCGAACAAAUUGGAGGAGAGCGCCCGGGGGAUCUACACUCCUUGUCCAGAACAUUUUAGCGGCUUCUGUAGGCACGGGAAAUGCGAACACUCUGCUAAUAUGCUGGAGCCAUCUUGCAGGUGUGACGCAGGCUAUACUGGACAACACUGUGAAAAGAAGGACUACAGCGUUUUAUACGUGGUUCCUGGCCCCGUACGGUUUCAAUAUGUCUUAAUAGCAGCUGUGAUUGGAACGAUCCAGAUCGCCAUCAUCUGCGUCGUAGUACUCUGCAUUACAAGGAAAUGUCCCAGGAGUAACAGAAUCCACCGGCAGAAGCAAAACACAGGUCACUACAGUUCAGACAACACAACCAGAGCAUCAACCCGAUUAAUUUAAAAAGAGCGCAUGUUUCCACAAUGGCAAAAGUAGACUGCAGAGAGCUUGGACUGACAAAGAAAAGAAAAAGAAAAACGCAGUAUUAUAGACAAAAGAACUACACAUGUUGCCUUGCAUUUGUGGUAAUCGACACCAAUGAGAGAAAAAAAAAACAUGUACUACAGCUAUAUUUGAUUAUGUAUGGAUAUAUUUGAAAUAGUAAACAUUGUCUUGAUGUUUUUUCUGUAAUGUAAAUAAACUAUUUAUAUCACACAA